CAUGAUUAUGAUUAGGUGUAGAUUUGUUCAUGCGUUUGCACGGUAGGUAACACUACAUUAUCUCACGCACGCCGUCGGUCAGGAUUGCCGAAGCGAUCGUCGCGUUUAUGAUCGCAUCUCUCCGCGCGCGUCUCAAGAAUCUUCGUUCGUUACAGACGGUUGGAAUCCCUUUUCCGUUCUCUCCUAAUGGAGCCUCCACGAAUGGCUUGGACGUGUAUAAAAAUGCUGGUCUGAAUGGACGGGGUCGGUUAUUUGAGUGGUGACUGUCUGGUGUGCUGUUUGUAGCUAUACGGGCAUUUAUUGAAUAGUAUUCAUUGUUUGCCAGCGCGUUGUGAGUUUGUUUUGCGAGUAGUGCAAUUGAUUGUUGCUUUUCUUCGCAAACAUAGCAGACGCCGAAGUGGACAUUUUAAAAGAGAUCAUGGAUAGCGCAAUCCAUUACCGGAUAAUUAAAAACCCGUCAUCGUUGCAAAGACUUGGCAGGUCGAUAUGGGUACUGUUAACUCUUAUGGUCAUUUGGGACCAAACAAGUGCCAAUUAUGUUCGCUACGAAUACUACACGGACGGAGAGGAGUCGAUAGUCGAGAGUUCGACUUCUACCGAUGGAACCACACUGCUUAUGUCACUGCCAGAAACGACCUUGGUGGAACAGGAAGAGGAGGAGAAGGGGAACUCUCAAAUAAGCACCACUGAUAGUGUGGACGUUGUUAGCAGUGAAAAUGACGACUAUUAUUGCCGUGAAGAUCUAUGCUCGCAAUAUGAUCAAACUGGGCAGCUGGUCCGAAAGCAACACGUUGCGUGUGGUCAUGAUGGGUCAUUUGCUGCUGAUUGUCCUCCAGGGAGAACCUUGUUUAAAAUUGACUCGCAACUCAGAGCGUUUCUGAUCCACCUGCAUAACGAAGCCCGAAACCGCUUGGCAAAUGGAUCGAUGGAGGGAUUCGAAGCGGCUUCUCGAAUGCCAACUGUGGUAUGGAACGAUGAGUUGGCGGUAUUGGCCGAACUGAACGCCAAAAGUUGCCAGUUCAAGCACGACGAAUGUCGCAAUACGGAGUUGUAUCGCCAGGCAGGCCAAAAUCUUGCAAUCGGUUACUAUCCUGUUGAGGAGAAUUUAUUUGACAUUUUGCAAAAAUUGACCACCUUGUGGUUCGAUGAAUACAGGCUUGCGAACCAAACGCUGAUGGACACCUUCAUGAGUCCACCAAAUGUAACGAUCGGCCAUUUCACUCAGAUGAUAAGCGAUCGAACUACAGCGAUCGGUUGCGGAAUCGUUAUCUACCCACAGAAAGUGGCCGGGUACACCUUCAAGGUUGUGCUUUAUGCGUGCAACUAUUCAAUCACAAGCAUCUACAGUCAACCAGUGUAUCGAAAGGGUCCAGUUGGUGCCGGCUGCGUCGCUGGGAUGAACCCACUGUAUGGCGGUUUAUGCAGUGAGGAAGAGAAUCAGUUGAUCCGAUCCGUGCCAUUUUACGAAUGAAACAAGAAGUUUAGUGUACUAAAUGAAACACGUUAUUGUAUUGUUUAUUCCUUUUAAGAAGAUCAAUUUAUUGUUUUACACAUAUAGUACAUGUACCUGUGAGAAAUCACCAGAA